AUGGCGUCAGCAUCUAACGGUCGCUGUAGCCGGACAGACAGCACUAAGACGGUCAUCGUUCUCAAGCUGUCACCUGAACUCUUGAGUCGAUUUCCCAGUGAUUCUUCGAAGAGCACACCUACCAAACCAACUGAUUCGAAUAUGAACACAACAAAUGCUUCCUCUCCGGUCAAGGAGAAAGAGGACUCACCUGCCUCAUCCAUGGCAGAUGCGCCCGUUCCCCCGUCGGACAACGCUUCGGAUGCGAACUCGACGCCUGCAGGCGCAGCGUCCACGGACACUCCUCGUCGGAAGGGAUUGCCGGGUCCAAAGCCGGGAGCCAAGCGAAGUGCCAACCAGGUUGAUUUGGCACCCAAGCCUAGAGGGAAGCCAGGCCCGAAAAAGAAGCAAAAACUCUACGCCCAAUACAACAAUCAUAAUAAUAUCUUCCUUCACGGCCCCGGCAGCCUACACGACCCUUUCAAUCCCGCCCCAUUCUUCACACCCUCCUACCUCCGGAACUCAAGCUACGCCGCCCGACUGCAGGCCGACCAUCGAGCUCGAAUCGCAUCCGGCGAGAACGAUGAUAUCCCCCUCCCAUCGAACCCUUUCUCAGCACAAUCUUCUUCCCCGUCGUCCACCUCGAGCCAUGCGAAUUUACCCCGGAUAGCUCCGUCCCAUCGCGGCAUGACCCAUGAGGUCAUCGAGCGAGAACCACCCAGUAUCGACGACCAUAUUCCCCCGUUGCCCACUCGGUGGAGUGAGACGGACAAAUACCCGACACUGGAGAUGAUGCAUGGAGGUCUGGAGCUUCGGUACACAGGGCCGCUCAAUAAGCAUGAGCAUGAAGCAGCUGCGGCGCGUACGGACUAUCCGAUGCCGCCGCAGUGUGGGAUCUAUUAUUUUGAGGUUAUGAUUUUGUCGAAACCGAAGGAUGGAAUGAUUGGUAUUGGGUUCUCUGGUGGUAAAGCGUCGAACGAGAGACUCCCCGGGUGGGAGACAGACUCAUGGGCCUAUCAUGGAGAUGAUGGCAAGUCAUUCUUUGGAGAGAAUCAGGGUCAGGGGCGACCAUAUGGUCCAACAUUCGGUGUAAAUGAUACUGUCGGCUGUGGUGUGAACUUUGCCACGGGAUGUGCGUUUUUCACCAAGAAUGGUGUCUUUCUUGGAAAUGCAUUCCGGGAAUUGAAAAACAUGAAGUUGUACCCGUCAGUAGGGAUGAAGAAACAUCCUACUGUUCAUCUGAUCUCCAACUUUGGACAACAUCCAUUUAUGUUUGACAUUGAUGGCAUGGUUAAGAGAGAAAAAGCAGCGGUAUAUUCGGAUAUCAGCCGCACCAGUACUGCGAACCUUCGACCCUCAUUGGGCGAGGACGCACUUCUUCAUGAACUGGUGGCUCAGUUCCUGGCUCAUGAUGGUUACGUCGAGACCGCUCGAGCCUUUGCUGAAGAAGUGGCGGCUGAGACAGCGGCACUGAAUGGCCAUGGAGAUCCGUUGAAGAAGUAUGAAGUGGAAGAGGAUCUCGAAGCGGUUAAUCGGCAGAAAAUCCGAGCAGCCAUUUUGGAUGGCGAUAUCGACAAAGCUCUGAAAUAUACUAAUGCCUACUACCCCAAAGUCUUGGAAGACUACCCCCACAUUCAAUUUAAAUUACGUUGUCGCAAAUUCUUGGAGAUGAUGCGUCAAUCGAACGAUCUGUCGAUGACAGCCGCAGCCAAGCGCAGCAAAUCAGCUUCCAACGGAGUCUCCGACGGUAAUACCGUGUAUGGUCAGGAGAUGGAAGUGGACGACCAGACGCAAGACGGAGACGGAUGGGAAGCCGAUGGCAUGGAUACGGACGAUCCAGAAGCAGCAGCCAAGUUCCAGACGCUCCUGACGGAGGCCGUGCAAUACGGACAACAGCUGCGUAUGGACUAUCCGACCGACGAACGCGGGGGCAACAAGAAAAUGCUGGACGACAUAUUUUCUCUAGUGGCAUAUCCGGAUCCACGACGAUCGGUUCACGGACAUUAUCUGGACCCGGCUGGACGAGUGGCAGUUGCUGAAGAGCUGAACUCGGUCAUUUUAGUCUCUUUAGGGAAAGCAUCGUCGGCGGCGCUGGAGCGAGUUUACCAGCAAACGGAGGCACUGAUGAAUGAGGUUAGUGACGAGGGGGGUGCCGGGGCGUUCAUCAAUGUUCGAAAUGAUAUUUUGCAAUGA